UCAGCUACUAUUACCAUUCGGCAUUUUCCUCCACUUUCUUCUGCUUUCUCUGAGCUGAGCUCGGUCCUCUGAUGGCGAUGGCUUCUUCUCCUCUUCACUGACAAACUCUCUAUCUCUCUCUGAGCAAACUAUACAUAUACAGUACAGGUGGGAGUAAAUAAUUAUAUAUUUAUAUAUAUCAUCAUCAUCAAUUUUUGCCGGAAAAUGACGACGGUGACGAGUAAUGGAGGUUCGAAUUCAAGUACUCCAAGCCCUAGCUCAACCCCAAAUCUCACCAGUAGACCGGAGCUGCCACCGGUUCUCAAGAGAUCGAAAACAAUCUCGGAGGAGACGCGGACCCCACACUUCCCUGGCCCACUGUUCCCCGCUGUCCGUCGCGUCUCUACCUCCCCUCCCUCCUCAAACAACCGCACUACCUCCGCCUCCUCCUCCGAAGUUUCUAGCGCCACCACUGUCUCCUCCUCCUCCUCUGUCUCCGACCAGGCCUUCAAUUUUGCGGAUCGGGACUAUGUGUACCCUUCAUUUCUCGGUCCUUACGCUACUCGAAGCCGAGUUGCCGCAAAAUCUGCUGCACACAAUAGUAAUAGCACUGAGCGGCAGGUGACGGGGCAAUUUUCGGCUCGUAUGCCGUCUAAUUUGAAUGUGGAUGUUGGUAAUAGACUGGACUCCGUCCGCAGUAUUGCUGCCCUUCCUCCUGCUCCUCGGCCGGCGAAACUCAAGUCGGAUCCUUCCAAGCCCAAAUCCAUGGCCAAGCUGAAAGGUGAAAAGGAUCUGAAUUCCUUGUCAGUUCAAGUACCGGUUACUUCGUCUUCGUUGUCAUCUAGUACGACGGCUAGUUCCAGUUCUUACAGUCCUCGGAAACCUCCCGGACAUACAAGUUCUUGGGUUCUUAAUUUGCUUAAAUUGAUUUGUACAUUGCCUACACCUUAUGCAAUCUACUUGCAAAAUAAAGUGGGUAUUCUUCAGGAAGAAAUUGGUGAUCUUCGUAGACUAUGUAGCACUGGAAGUGCUGUUGGCAGUCACAGCAUUAACCUUGUGGAGUUAGGAAAUGUAUUUUCAUUUUCGUUUUUUGGUAACACUGACAGUAGAAAGCUUGCCCUUUAUAUGGUUGCGUGCACACUUAUCACGCCAUUUUUAGUGUACAAAUAUCUUGAUUGCACUCCACCAAUAAAGAACCCUUCAAAGGGGACAAGAGAUAGCAAUGAGGAGGUUCCACUGAAGAAGAGAAUUGCUUAUAUGGUGGAUGUUUGUUUCUCUGUCUAUCCUUAUGCAAAGCUACUUGCACUUCUUUUUGCCACACUAUUUCUCAUUGGAUUUGGAGGCUUGGCAAUAUAUGCUGUCAGUGAUGGCAGCUUUACUGAAGCUCUUUGGCUCUCUUGGAGCUUCGUGGCAGACUCGGGAAAUCAUGCUGAUAUGGUUGGUUCUGGGCCACGGAUUGUUUCAGUUUCUAUUAGUUCAGGAGGCAUGCUUAUAUUUGCCAUGAUGCUAGGGCUUGUUUCAGAUGCUAUUUCAGAAAAAGUGGAUUCAUUGCGUAAAGGCAAGAGUGAGGUUAUUGAAAGCAACCAUAUACUUAUUCUUGGAUGGAGUGACAAACUGGGUUCCCUUCUGAAGCAAUUAGCAAUAGCAAAUAAGAGCAUAGGUGGUGUUGUUGUUGUUGUACUUGCAGAAAGAGACAAGGAGGAAAUGGAGAUGGACAUAGCAAAGCUUGAAUUUGACUUCAUGGGUACAUCAGUUAUAUGUAGAAGUGGCAGUCCUCUUAUACUUGCUGACUUGAAAAAGGUUUCAGUCUCAAAGGCACGUGCAAUCAUUGUCUUGGCAUCUAAUGAGAAUGCAGAUCAGAGUGAUGCACGUGCCUUGAGGGUUGUGCUUAGCCUUGCAGGAGUAAAAGAGGGAUUGAGAGGUCACGUUGUCGUGGAAAUGAGUGAUCUUGAUAACGAACCUCUAGUAAAGCUUGUUGGAGGAGAACUGAUUGAAACAGUUGUAGCACAUGAUGUGAUUGGUCGGUUGAUGAUACAGUGUGCUCUCCAACCUGGCCUUGCACAGAUAUGGGAAGACAUUUUGGGGUUUGAAAAUGCAGAAUUUUAUAUCAAAAGGUGGCCUCAACUGGAUGGUUUACAUUUCGAAGAUGUGUUGGUAUCAUUUCCUGAUGCAAUUCCUUGUGGAGUCAAGGUUGCUGCAGAGGGUGGCAAGAUAAUCAUUAAUCCUGAAGAUAAAUAUGUUCUAAAAGAAGGUGAUGAGAUUCUUGUCAUAGCCGAGGAUGAUGACACCUAUGCCCCAGGUCCCUUACCAGAGGUAAGUCAGGGCCUUUGUCCUAGAAUGAUUGAACCUCCAAAAUAUCCGGAGAAAAUACUUUUUUGUGGCUGGCGGCGUGACAUAGAUGAUAUGAUUAUGGUAAUUGUACUUGAGGCAUUCCUUGCUCCAGGUUCAGAGUUAUGGAUGUUUAACGAGGUGCCUGAAAAAGAUAGAGAGAAGAAGUUAACAGAUGGUGGUCUUAAUAUUUCAGGGUUAGAGAACCUAAAACUUGUCCAUCAUGAAGGCAAUGCUGUCGUUAGACGUCAUUUAGAAAAUCUUCCUUUGGAAACAUUUGAUUCUAUAUUGAUUCUUGCAGACGAAUCCGUCGAAGACUCUAUUGUUCACUCAGAUUCACGAUCUCUUGCCACCCUCCUCCUUAUUCGGGAUAUUCAGUCAAAGCGGCUUCCUUAUAAAGAUACAAGAUCCCUUCCUCUAAGGAACUCUGGGUUCUCUCAAAGCUCCUGGAUUCGUGAAAUGCAGCAAGCUUCAGAUAAAUCAAUAAUUAUUAGUGAGAUACUGGAUUCUAGGACUAGGAACUUGGUUUCAGUCUCCAGAAUUAGUGAUUAUGUAUUGUCAAAUGAGCUGGUGAGCAUGGCACUAGCCAUGGUAGCAGAAGACAAACAGAUCAACCGUGUGCUUGAAGAGCUAUUUGCUGAAGAGGGCAACGAAAUGUGCAUCAAGCCAGCAGAGUUCUAUCUUUAUGACCAGGAAGAACUCUGCUUCUAUGAUAUAAUGAUAAGGGGUCGCCAAAGAUGGGAAAUUGUGAUUGGUUUUCGCCUUGCAACAGCUGAGUGUGCGGUAAUUAACCCGGUGGACAAGUCAAAGCCACGUAAGUGGUCCCUCGAUGAUGUUUUUAUUGUCAUUUCCAAGGGUGAUUGAGGAAACCGGCAAAUCGUGCUUCUCUGCAUAACUAUAUAUUAGCUAAAUAAUGGCUUGGGAUGAGGCGACUUAAGUUGUUUCCCUGGGUUUCUGCUGAUUAUGGCAUUGAACAAAUAUAAAAGUAUGAACUUUUGAAGGUAAUGGCCCAUCUUUCAUAUUUAGCGAACUGGGGACAGUGGCUUGAUAAUUGCAAGAAGAAGAAAAAAGAGAUGGAAGAAAGCAAGGCAUUUGGGACAUGGCAGUAUUAGUUUAUAGGUCUAUAUGUAGAAAUAUGCCACUAACUGGAAUGUGGGCCUCGGCUGCUUUCCAUGGAAUAGAUGAUGGCUGUGUAAUCAACGCCUUUUCUUCGAGUCACGAGAGUAAUAGUGAUACUUUGAAGUAAAAUAUGCAGAAAUGAAAGCGAAAAUUUUAGCACAAACCUUAAUCAUCCUCAUGGUUGCGUCAUUCUGCCUAAAAUAGGUAGAAGGAACUCCAUGACCUUUUAGUUUUGGGUUCUCCUGAGCUGCCUUUUUACUGCUCGGUAGUGGGAAUGAUCUCUGAUGGGGGUCACAUUCUUCUAAUCCUUCCUGAAUACAGAAGGCCACUCAUCUGACGGGAAGAAUAUUGAAGUGAGAGAAGUCAUAGCAAGCAAGAGUUGGCCUGUUGUGACCAACAAUUGCUGUGGGAUGGCACCGCCUAGGGUGUAACACAGUUUGAUUUUGUACAUGUUCCUGUAAUUCCUGAUUCGAUGAAAUUUUGUUGAAGCUCGGUAUACGAGCAUCUCUACUUCAUUUUUUCCCGUUAAAAGGUAGUGCUCCUCGACCUCGUUGUCUAGUUCUGCUUAUAUUUUACCUACAUCCAUUCUGGCUAGUAAUAGAAUUUCCCCUUCAUGGACUGAGCUUAGCCUAAGUAAGGCAGUUUCUUUCUUAAGACU